AUGGUAACAAAGCGACCACGCCCUCGUCGGUCGCAUGUGCUCGGAGGUUGUAGCACUUGCAGGCGCCGGCAUGUCAAAUGUGACCAGAAACGGCCCGUCUGUCGGACCUGUAGGGCGCUCGGAGUGACCUGCGAGGGGUUCUCCGAUCAAGUGCUUUGGAUGCGCACUAAUAGCGAGGAAGCUGAGGGACCUCGUCGGGGCACUAGGCGACAUCUCUAUACAGAACAAUCCAGACUGUCUAUGAGCGCUGCUCUCAAAUCAGAUUUAAUAUCCGGAUCUAUUGAUGCGUCUUUGGCAGAAGUUGACUCAAGAUCAAGAGACCCGGAGCGUUCACUUGAUAAUGAUAUUAUUAUCGGACCUUUUGCGGUCCUUGACUUUUCUACUGCGCCAGAGAAACUACAAACACAGCAAGAAUUACCGGAAGUCGAAUCUAUCCCACUUCUUUCCGAAAGAUCACCUGGGGCUUUACCUGACCAAAUUGAGACCUUGGUUUCAGAGGACGUACAAGGUCCCAGCCCUUCUUCAAUCCUAGAUACCCUAUCCCAUAUAGAUGACUUUCUCCAUUGGUCCGAUCUAUUGAGCUUCAGUCCAGAUCAAACUGAAUUCGCUCCGAAUGGAGCAUCAAAUAUUCCAAAUGAUCUAAUGUUCGAUAUGAGCCAAGAAAUGGGAUUACUCCCAGCAGACUCCACCAUGAAUGACGAGCUGCUCCGAAUGUUCACGCCCCAGCAGACGCCGGCUGAUUUUCUACCAACGGAAACAGACGCUUUGAAUGAUGGCCCCUGCCUUCUGAAACACUUCCAAGAUAUCGUUAUCCCGCACAUAAUGGCAAUCCCCUGUCUGCAGAAAUCACCUUGGAAGAUUCUAAACGUUCCAGCUGCUGUAGUCACUUAUGGUGACUCAACAUUUCUUGGGACGGAAAAGAUCAGCCAUGCUAGACUUGCAAAUUUGUAUGGCUUGCUUGCAUGCUCGGCUAUUCAUCUUGUCCUUAACCCUUCGACAACAUCAACUAAACCACCUGAGCAUUGGUGGUCGGUUGCUAACCAGGCGUACCAACAAGCCAAAGACCAUAUGCAAACAUCAUUGCAAACCGAAACGCAUGGACUUAAAAAGGCAAAAUACAAAGAUCAGCUAAUGGCUGCAUGUAUCCUUAUACAAUUUACAAUAAUGUCCGGUCAGCAGCAACAUGCUCGAUGUUUUAUGAUUGAUGCAGAACGUUUAUUACGACUUCGAGGACUAUCAAAGACACGAAUAUCAAAGAAAGCCCGACUUCUACACCAUGUGUACACCUGGCUGCGAAUCGUCGGCGAGAGCACUUUCGUCCUCCACGACUAUGAAAUUUCCUCCUCUUCCCUCGAAGCUCUUGGCUCUCGAUUCAAGUCUCAUCGAUCAAAUGCCACAAGAUCCUCUGAUCCAACUAUUACCAAGGAACCAAAUCCCCGACUAGAUGAUUUCCUUCGCCUUGAAAGCCAAAACUCAGAUAAUGAUCUGAACAUCGAUGAACCGAAAGAUCAAACAUCCGGACUACAUGACAUUCAUCUCCAAGACUCACGAAGUUAUCCGGAGACACUAUACAAGCAGAUCUACGGUAUCCCAGAAACAUGGCUGAGCUUAAUGUCACAAACUACCAGACUAGCAAACGUACUAGAGACAUUCCGCACAGCUCGCGAGUCGGGCAAAGAUGUCAACUUUGAAGCCUGGGAUACCCUGCAACGACGCAGUAUGCGUUUGGAAAACAUGAUCUGCUCUUUUAGUCUGGGUCGGACGAGGGGUGGAGUCUUGGAACUGCAUGCCGACUCCAAACCCCACAGUCAUAUGGUUGAAGCUUUGAAUGCAGCUCUAGUAAUCUUCUUCUAUAGAAGAAUCAGACAAACCCACCCAGCUGCUCUCCAAGGCCAUGUCGACAAUGUCAUCACCGCACUAGAGUCAUGCAGUGCGGCUCUUGCGCCUGAUGACCCCACUGGUCCGGGGACAGCUUGGCCGCUAUUCAUUGCAGGAUGCGAGGCUAUGUCGCCGUCAAGGCGGGAGGCUAUUACAAACCUGUUGGACAGAGCGAGUUCUGUUUGUGGGUUUGCGGCCUUUACCACCGCUAGAAAUAUCAUUACUGAGGUGUGGAGCAGGCAAGAUGAACAUCUUACUGCCAACCGAGGUGACAUUAUGCCAUCUUGGGUCGAUACUGUGAAGCAAGGACAUAUAUGGCCUUUGUUUUGUUGA